UGGCACACUUACUGCCCUCGCAUUGUCCUCCAUUCCAUUCCCUGCCACUACCAUUUGUGGUCUAGCUUCGCCCUUUUUCUUUAGCGUCUAUCUAGGCGAGUGAAAUCGACUAUCAGGAAUAAUUUAUUGGGCCAUCCCGCCUUCUACCAGUAUGUCUAAUGUCUUGGAAGAGCUAUUGGCGUACUUGAAGCGAGUUCCGACGCACGAACUUCAUUGCCUCGAUGACGAGAACGUAGAUUGGCUUCCGCGGCUCAGAAGGGUGUGUCCGGGAAUCACCGUCCAGGAAAUACGCCAGGCCCUGGAAGCGACUCCCGACGUUAUUGAGUGCCUGCUGCGUGUCGCCAAGCUCUACUGCUGGCUCAUCUCGAGGUACCACCUUUGCCCAUGGCUUCUCAUUCGCUUCGAGGCCAACAUGCUGCUGUUCGACCUUCACCAGCUUAUACGGGACUUGGCGGCCGCGCUGCAAUCUAUUCCUCGUCGUCACACCACGAUCCGCGUGAGGCACGAGUGUGGAGCGUACUACGCCUGCUUGAUAAACAACUAUGCCAAUCCCGACCAUCGGGAAGGUGGAGUGAUGUUUUUGGUCCUUUGGCGCGGCCAUCAAUUCGCGGCUACGUACGCCAAGACAAACGAGGAACUACAAGCCCUCACAACAGCCUUGCAAGUCGUCCUGCAUGGGGAAAGGGUGGAGCUGCUUUUGAGACCUCACGCAGAUCUUGACGCUGCUUACUUUGCGGGUCGACAGAGCAUCGGCGGUCCAAGGCUUUUGACCACACGGUAGAUCCAGUAAUAUGGCAUAGCUCUUUUGGCAUUUCGACCCACCAGAGGAAUGAGCAGACUACACCUUGCGGACGAACAAGCAGGGCAAGGCCCCAUCACAAGCUGAUGUACUAGUAGCAGAGUUUGUUCAAGCUGAGCAUAAGCCUAGAAAACAUUCACACGAAGCGCGCAACGUCUGGCAUAUAUUUUUUUCUAUGAGGUUGCAUGGCAUCAGUGUUUACCAUCAAGACCUGACAAGAAACUUGACUACAUAGGCCACAAGACAUCGAACCUCUGCAUUCAUAGUUCAAGGUCCUCCCUCACUCCUGCCAUCCUCAUUAAGGUGACAAGGCUACAAGUUCAUACGAAUAGAAAAGCUCAAGAACUGGAAGGUGCCCGCUUUCAUAUACUGUAUGACUGGCAUACAGCGUCGCGAAAUAUUUUGACCAUCAAUCGCACGUCAUUUAACUUGGAGCAAAAGGCCUGCCAGGCGCUAAUCUUUGAGGUGUGUUCAACGACUAACUGAAUUCAUGUAUUGUUGCGAUGAAAAGCAGCAGUCAUCUCUUCCAGAACAUUUCACAGUGAAGCGCAGUUUUAAGAACGUUUGUACAGUCUGUCGUGAAAAACACGUCUGACUCCAUUGUUAAAAAAUUUAAAACACAGACAUCCAUGACGUGGUAUCAUGGACUAGCGACCGGAUCAUAUGUAGGUUGGGAACUUUACUAGAUGGACUGACCUUUCCAUCCAAGCACUCGUGCGCUUUUUUUAUGUAUUGACUGAGAAAUAAACAAAAAUUAUUCUGCCCCUUUAAA